ACGUAAUGACGUCGGAGACCCGGAAGAAGAUCGCAUCGGUGUUGUCACAAGGGCUCAGCUGAUAGAUCUUCACAACAAACUGACGAAAACUGAGCAUAUAACACCCCGGGAACGGCUGCUGCUGAUAUUUUCCAGCUAAUUCAGACUCUUUCUGCUUGUUUUUGUCGAAUCUGUGUCCCAGCGUCGCCAUCAUGAACGUGACGCUCGCGGUGAAGCAGUACAUCUCCAAGAUGAUCGAGAACAGCGGGCCCGGGAUGAAGGUUCUGCUCAUGGACAAAGAGACGACCAGUAUCGUGAGCGUGGUGUACACCCAGUCUGAGAUCCUGCAGAAGGAGGUUUACCUGUUUGAACGGAUCGACUCUCAGAACAGAGACAGCAUGAAGCACCUGAAGGCCAUCUGCUUCCUUCGUCCAACUAAGGAGAACGUGCAGCACCUAAUCCAGGAGCUAAGAAGACCGAAGUACAGUGUCUACUUUAUCUACUUCAGUAAUGUGAUCAGCAAGAGUGAGAUAAAGAGUCUGGCUGAGGCAGAUGAACAGGAGGUGGUGGCUGAGGUCCAGGAGUUUUACGGAGACUUCAUUGCUGUGAAUCCUCACCUGUUUUCCCUCAACCUGCAGGGUGUCUCCAGGAGACGCACCGAUCAGGCUUUAUCUGGCCGGUACCAUUUUCCGGGUCGGACCUGGGAACCCACCAUGUUGUCCCGCUGCACUCAGGGUUUGACCUCCGUCCUGCUCGCGCUGAAGAAAUGUCCAAUGAUCCGCUACCAGCUGUCCUCUGAUAUGGCCAAAAAUCUUGCAGAAAACGUCAAGCGAAUCAUCACAAAGGAGUACGAGCUGUUUGACUUCAGGAAGACUGAAGUUCCUCCUCUGCUGCUGAUCCUUGACCGCAGUGACGACGCCAUCACACCUCUGCUGAACCAGUGGACGUACCAGGCGAUGGUCCACGAGCUGCUGGGUCUGAACAACAACCGGAUCGACCUGUCCAGAGUCCCCGGGAUCAGCAAGGACCUGAGGGAGGUGGUGCUGUCUGCGGAGAACGACGAGUUUUACGCCAACAACUUGUACCUGAAUUUCGGGGAGAUCGGCACCAACAUAAAGAACCUGAUGGAAGAUUUCCAGAAGAAGAAACCCAAAGGGCAGCAGAAGCUGGAGUCCAUUGCUGACAUGAAGGCGUUCGUGGAUAACUACCCUCAGUUUAAGAAGAUGUCGGGAACGGUGUCCAAGCACGUCACAGUGGUGGGGGAGCUGUCCCGGCUGGUGUCGGAGCGGCAGCUGAUGGAGGUGUCGGAGGUGGAGCAGGAGCUGGCCUGUCAGAACGACCACUCUAGUGCUCAGCAGAAUGUCCGACGGCUGCUGCAGAAUCCUCGCGUUUCGGAGCUGGACGCCGUCCGUCUCGUUAUGCUCUACGCUUUGAGGUAUGAACGCCACAGCAGCAGCAUCCUCCCCUCUCUGAUGGAGGAGCUGAGCAGGAGAGGAGUGUCUGAACGCUACCGCAGGAUGGUUCAGUCAGUCGUGGAGUACGGUGGAAAGAGAAUCAGAGGAAGUGACCUCAUUACACCGACAGACGCUGUCGCCAUCACCAAGCAGUUCUUCAAAGGCCUAAAGGGCGUAGAGAAUGUGUACACACAGCAUCAGCCUCUGCUGCACGACACUCUGGAUCAGCUGAUUAAAGGUCGGCUCAAAGACAGUCAGUUCCCGUAUCUGGGAGCCAGCAGCCUCAGAGACAGGCCCCAAGACAUUAUGGUUUUUGUGAUCGGCGGAGCCACGUAUGAAGAGGCGUUGACGGUUUUCAACCUGAACCGUAACACACCUGGGGUUCGGAUUGUGCUGGGAGGAAGCGCCAUCCACAACACUAAGAGUUUCCUAGAAGAGGUGAUGUUGGCGUCGAGUCACAGUGGCGACAGAGCACAGGGAAGUGGUCGUCAUUCCACCAGGCGUUGAACACUGACUCUUAUACUGACUUUUCGCCUCCUGUAAAAUAAACUGUAUCAUUCCCUC